GCGGGAGCGGCGGGCGCGGGGCCGAGCGGGGCAGCGGCGGCAUGGAGGGAGGGCUGCGCGUCUUCAAGGACCCCAAGGUCGAACUUCAUGUCCACUUGGAUGGAGCCAUCAGGCCAGAAACAAUCCUGCACUUUGGCAGGAAAAGAGGGGUUUCUCUCCCCGGCAGCACUGCUGAUGACCUCCUGAAGUAUGUCAGCUACAAAACACCACUGACACUUACCAAAUUCCUGGAGAAGUUUAAUUACUACAUGCCUGCCAUUGCGGGUGACCGUGAGGCAGUGAGGAGGAUUGCCUACGAGCUCGUGGAAACAAAAGCAAAAGAAGGGAUCAUCUACGUGGAGGUCCGGUACAGCCCCCACCUCCUGGCCAACUGCCGUGUGGAUCCCAUCCCCUGGGGCCAAGCUGAGGGAGACCUCACUCCAGAUGAAGUUGUUAGCCUCGUCAAUCAGGGACUGCAGGAUGGAGAAAGGGAUUUCCACAUCAAAGCCAGGUCUAUUCUAUGCUGCAUGCGCCAUAUGCCAAGCUGGUCACCAGAGGUGGUGGAGCUCUGCAAGAAGUAUAAAAAUGACUCUGUGGUGGCCAUUGACCUGGCUGGGGAUGAGACCCUGAAGGUGAAUAAUACCUCUGAGCAUAAGAAGGCUUAUGAGGAAGCUGAAAGAUGUGGGAUUCAUCGCACUGUCCAUGCUGGGGAGGCUGGUCCACCUGCCAUGAUCAAGGAGGCAGUUCAUCUCCUGAAGGCUGAGCGCAUUGGCCAUGGCUACCACGUCCUGGAGGACCCUGAGCUCUACAAGGAGCUGUUGAAAGCAAAGAUGCAUUUUGAGGUCUGCCCUUGGUCCAGUUAUCUGACAGGAGCAUGUCUGCCAGACUUCAGGAAACACCCAGUAGUACAAUUCAGGAAGGAUCAAGCCAACUUUUCUAUAAACACAGAUGACCCCCUCAUCUUUAACUCCAACAUUGACAAGGAUUAUGGCAUAGUGAAGGACUACAUGGGCUUCACUGAAGAGGAGUUCAAGAGAGUGAACAUCAAUGCAGCUCAGUCCAGCUUCUUACCCGAGAAGGAAAAGCAGGAGCUGCUCAACACACUCUAUCAAGCCUAUGGGAUGGUCCCCAACGCAUCGUGACCCGUCCCUGCCAGCCAGCGUGGAGCAGUGGCCCUUCUUCAAGUGUGCUUGACCCUCCUCUGUGCUAGUGGGAGCACCAGGAGAAGGUGCCCGGGGUCAGUCUCUGUUCCUGGCACCCCUGUGUUAACCCUUACAGUUAAGCAGAAUCAGGCUGUCACAUACACCCACCUGUCACCCCCACAGACUGUCUCCCAGAUGGAUCUCCAGCUUCCUAUCUUGCUGCUGUGCAAGCAGACUGAGACUGCCUUCUGGCCUGGCUCCCUUCUCCAUCUGCCAGUCUUUCUGUACUCCAAAUGAGAACAGAAGAACCUCCCCAUAUUUGUCUUUUUCCCUC